AUGUCCAAUAAGACUGAGUACUAUUCUGAAGAGGAGGAGUCCCAAUGUCCUCUUUGUAUGGAAGAGAUGGAUCUAUCAGACAGGAAUUUCAGACCUUGCCCUUGUGGAUAUCAGAUCUGUCGAUUUUGUUGGCAUCAUAUCCAAGAGACUUGUAAUGGUCGAUGCCCUGCUUGUCGAAGAGUAUAUUCUGAACAGACUAUUGAAUUUAAACCAAUAUCGGCUGAAGAGUUAACGCGGAUCAAGAAUGAAAAGAAACAAAAGGAACGUGAAAAGAAAGAGCUUGAAGCGAUGAAUCGAAAACAUCUGGCCAAUAUGAGAGUAGUUCAAAAGAAUUUGGUUUAUGUAAUUGGUCUCAGUCCGAAGAUUGCAAAUGAAGAGAUACUACGGUCACAUGAUUAUUUCGGUCAAUACGGAAAAAUAGCCAAAAUUGUCGUUAACCGUCGAAAUCCUCCGGCGUCCACUGUUCCUGGCGCUCCGGCGCCUCAGCCUAGUGUUGGUGUUUACAUAACUUAUGUUCGAAAAGAAGAUGCAGCAAGGGCUAUAGCUGCAGUAGAUGGUAGCAUGUCUGACGGUAAAGUGUUAAGGGCAUCAUAUGGUACAACAAAAUACUGUACAUAUUAUUUACGUAGUAUGGUGUGCCAAAAUCCUAAUUGCAUGUAUUUGCAUGAACCUGGAGAGGAAGCUGACAGUUAUACUAAGGAAGAUUUAGCAUCGGUGUAA